AUGGUGUGGGUGACUCGAUCACCAGGUGAGGUAAGGAACAAGGCAUACCUAGGGUUAAACAUCUCUCGAGAGAUGAUCAUAUACCACCCCCGCAGGAGCCCGCCAGCAUCCUGCCCUUCUCCUUCAAACACUAUAUUCAAUCAAUUCUUCAUUUCUUCGGGGGAUUUGCGAUGCCUUGUAUGCCAGAUGAGAAUGACAGGAGCCAUCUGCAAGCAGCUGGCGGCUUUCUUACAAGGCUUCUAUGAGAUCACCACAAAGCGCCUCAUGUCCAUCUUCACUGAGCAGGAGUUAGAGCUGCUUAUAUCAGGACUGCCCACUAUUGACAUCGAUGAUCUGAAAUCCAACACUGAAUACCACAAGUACCAGUCCAACUCUAUUCAGAUCCAGUGGUUCUGGAGAGCAUUGUGUUCUUUCGACCAAGGUGACCAUGCCAAGUUCCUCCAGUUUGUCACAGGUACUUCCAAGGUACCCCUGCAAGGCUUUGCUGCCCUCGAAGGCAUGAAUGGCAUUCAGAGGUUUCAGAUUCAUCGAGAUGACAGGUCCACAGAUAGCCUGCCUUCAGCUCACACAUGUUUUAAUCAGCUGGAUCUGCCUGGCUAUGAGAGCUUUGAGAAGCUCCGCCACAUGCUACUGUUGGCUAUCCAGGAACUCUCUGAAGGCUUUGGGCUGGCCUAAUAAGGCCCUGCCCAUUUCUGUGGGGUUUUCUUGUUUGUUUGUUUCUUUGCUUUUUAACCAUUGUUGGACUUGGGGAGGGGGUAGUUACAAAAAGAACCAGAAAGAAAUUAUCAAAAACCAAUAAAACCAAUAAAUGAAAUCCACCAACUCACCUUGUGUCCCAGCUGCCCCAUCUUCCCCAGUGCAUACCUGUUCCUCUCCUCAUUCUCUCCCCACCGCCUGUUUCCUUGCCUUCUCUCCCCUGUCCAUGCCAUCCAUGAUCCCCAACCCAUGUGUUUAAAAGGCAGUAACCUUUGCAGGGACCUGUCUGUCCCAACUGUUUGAACAGUGUGCUCCUCAGAUUCUGUGUUCAGAAGGAUUUGCUGCAUUGAGACUUGAAACCUUUGGAUAGGGG